AGUUUCUUGCAGGUUCUAGCUAGUGUAGAACCCACAUUAUUAUUUUGUGAUUUCCCUAGAUUUUUUUUUCUUAUUUUUUAUAUUUUUUCUUUUGGACCUAUAUAUGUAUCAGUUGGUUACUACAUAUAUAAUAUAGAGCGCUGGAGUUAAUACUAUCCUCUCGUCAAUACUUAUCAUCAUCCUUCUCCACCCCUUGUACUCUGUCUCAUGCAUUUCUCUUGAUACACAAUAUUUGAAACGAAUUAAAAUCAGAUAUAUCAACCAUUAAUUACAUUACUUUCUAGAGUGAGAAAAAGAAACCCAGAAUGGGAGUUGCAGGAACUUUGGAGUAUUUCUCUCAUUUACUGAGCAAUGUCAAGAGAAGAAGGAAAAAGAAGCAGAUGCAAACGGUAGCUCUCAAAGUCAGGAUGGACUGCGAGGGCUGUGAACGCAAGGUCAAGAGUGUCCUCUCCGGAGUUAAGGGUGUUAAAUCUGUGGGCGUAGACAUGAAGCAACAAAAGGUGACCGUGACUGGGAACGUAGAGCCGAAGAAAGUGUUGAAGGCAGCUCAAUCAACAAAGAAGAAGGUAGAGAUGUGGCCUUAUGUGCCAUACACUUUAGUGGCACACCCCUACGUUUCACAGGCUUAUGACAAGAAAGCACCUCCGAAUCAUGUUAGAGCAAUUCCGGUCACAGCCACUAUCAGCGAGACCACCAUGGACGAUAACUACACCAACAUGUUUAGCGAUGAGAACCCCAAUGCCUGCUCCAUCAUGUAAGAUUAUUUGGAGUACUGCAGAAUAAAAUGUAAAGUUGAAGGGUAAUUAAAUUAAUCAGGAUAUUUGGUGUUGAUAAUCUUGUUUACUAAACUCUUAAAAUUUUCUUUCGAGUAUUUGUUGUGGAUACGUGGAGGUUUCGAUAUGGCCAAUAUAGUAGAUGAAAGAGUGUGGAUCCAUGGUUAUGCGACAGCUACUUCUGUAUAAUUUAUGUAGUGGUGUUUUUUUUUUCCUUCCUUUUUUGCUGUGAUUGACAUUUGCAUGAUGCUGAGGCACUU